AUGGGAUAUGUUGAAAAUCAAGCUUUUACUAAUUAUCAAAUAUAUUUUGCAUUUCCUGUUUGUUAUGGUUUAUUACCAAGUAUAAUUCUGAUAAUAACAGAUCUAUUGACAUAUAGAAAUACAAAUAAAUUACAAAUAAUUCGUCAAAGACAAAUAUUUCAAAAACAAUUAACAUCAAUAAUGCUUAUACAAAUUCUAAUUAUACUUUUUUCAACAUUACCAUAUGUAAUAUUUUUUGCAGAAUAUUCAAUAUUUACUGCAAAAAUGGCUAAAUCUACUAAUCAAAGAGCUAUUGAACUUAUGAUAACAAAUAUUGUUUCAAUUACAUGUUAUAUAACAUUUGCAUGUCCAUUUUUUGAUUUUUUUGCUUCAUCAACAUCAUUCAGAAAAGAAGCAAAAAUAUUAUUUUUAUGUCGAAAAACAACUCCAUUGAGAACUAAUCAAAUGGUAUCUUAUCCUACAACUAGUUUGAAAAAUAUAAAAUCUACCACAAUUAAUAAAAAAUGA